AUGAAUUCGGCGGAACAGACGGUAACGUGGCUGAUAACGUUGGGGGUCUUGGAGUCACCGAAAAAGAUCAUUUCUGACCCUGAAGGAUUCCUGCAGUCUUCUCUCAAAGAUGGGGUUGUCCUGUGCAAGCUGGUGGAGCGAUUGCGCCCUGGUUCUGUUGAGAAAAUCUUCCAAGAACCAAGGAAUGAUAGUGAGUUCCAGAGCAAUAUAAAGGAGUUUCUGAAAGCCUGCGGGUCCUUCCGAGUGGAGCCGUUUGAGGUCAAUGACCUUCUCCAGGGACUGAACUUCACCAAGGUGCUCAACUCUCUGGUGGCACUGGCCAAAGCCACCGAGGACAUAGGAGUGGGCAGUGACUCUGUGUGUGCGCAUCACUCAUCCUCGUUACGGAUCAAGUCGUUUGACUCUCUGAACACUCAGUCUCCCCGCGGACGCUCCUCCAAGCUCCUCCACAACCAGUACCGCAGCCUGGACAUGUCGGAGAGCGGUGGGCAGCGGGUACUGGUGAGGGCCAAGUUCACCUUCCAGCAGACCAAUGAAGAUGAGCUGUCCUUCAACAAGGGUGACAUGAUCAGUGUGUCGCGCCAGGAAGACGGCGGCUGGUGGGAGGGCUCGUUCAACGGCAAUAAGGGCUGGUUCCCUAGCAACUAUGUCAAGGAGGUCAAAGGCAGCGACAAACCAGUGUCUCCUAAGUCUGGCACCCUCAAAAACCCUGUGAAAGGCUUUGACACACCAGCUGUCAGCAAGACCUACUAUAACCUGGUGCUCCAGAACAUUCUAGAGACCGAGACCGAGUAUUCCAAGGAGCUCCAAAGCCUACUGACCUCAUAUCUGCACUCACUGCAACCCACAGACAAGUUGAGCAGUGCAGAUGUCAGUCACAUCCUGGGGAAUCUGGAGGACAUCUCUACCUUCCAGCUGAUGUUGGUUCAGUCCUACGAAGAAUGUACCAGGAUUCCAGAGAGCCAGCAGAGAGUAGGGGGCUUCUUUCUCAACCUGCUCCCCGAGAUGAAGGCUCUCUACAUGGCCUACUGCUCCAACCACCCCUCGGCUGUCAACGUCCUCACAGAACACAGUGAGGAGCUGGGGGAGUUUAUGGAGGGGAAGGGAGCCAGUAGUCCAGGUAUCCUGACCCUCACCACUGGUCUCAGUAAACCCUUCAUGAGGCUGGACAAAUACCCUACACUGCUGAAGGAACUGGAGAGACACAUGGAGGAGCAUCAUGCUGAUCGACCAGACAUCCAGAAGUGUUUGACCUCCUUCAAAGGCCUCUCUGCUCAGUGUCAGGAGGUGAGGAAACGUAAGGAGCUGGAGCUGCAGAUUCUAACUGAGACGAUCAGACGCUGGGAGGGAGAUGACAUCAGAACCCUGGGCCCUGUCCUGUACAUGUCACACACACUCUGCCACACACAUGGAUCCGAGGAGAAGAGUGAACGCUACCUCCUGCUGUUCCCAAAUGUUCUCCUACUGCUGUCUGCCAGCUCCAGAAUGAGUGGAUUCAUCUACCAGGGUAAGCUGCCAUUGACAGGAAUGCUUAUCUCAAGGAUAGAAGAUUGUGAGAUGGUCAAAAACGCUUUUGAAAUAUCAGGCAGUACGUGUGAGCGGAUGCAGGUAGUGUGUAACAACCAGCAGGAUUUGCAGGAAUGGGUGGAGCAUCUGUCGAGACACACUCAGAUCAGAAACGCCCCCUCCGUGAUCAUGACCACACCCACCGCCAAGCCCCAGUCUGUCCCCUGCCACACGCUCCCCUCCCAUCCCCUGACCCCCACCAGACACUCAGAGAGCAGGGGUGUAUCUGGGGGCCCUGCCUACCACACCCUACCUCACCCCUCCUCCCACGGGGCCCCUCAAACCCCCCCCAUGUGGGGUCCCCUGGAGCCCCCCAGCACCCCCAAACCCUGGAGCCUCAGCUGCCUCCGCCCCGCGCCCCCACUCAAGCCCUCGGCAGCACUCUGCUAUAAAGAGGAUCUGAGUAAAAGUCCUAAGAGUAUGAAGAAGCUGCUGCCUAAACGUAAGCCUGAGAGGAAAGCUUCAGAUGAGGACUUUGCUACCAGGAAGAGUACUGCAGCGCUGGAGGAGGAUGCCCAGAUCCUGAAAGUGAUCGAGGCCUACUGCACCAGCGCCAAAACACGACAGACACUCAACUCAACAUGGCAGGGUACUGAUUUGAUGCAUAACCACGUGCUGGCCGAGCCAGUUGACCGGUCCAGUGUGGACGCUAUAGGUUGCCGUAGCAGCCUGUCCAGAGGGACCGAGCCCUGGUCUGACCUAUCAGAGGACUCGGAUUAUGACAGUAUUUGGACCGCCAGUAGUUACAGGACCUCCUCCGUUUCUCGAUCCAGGGAGAAGUCAGGUCUGCACAUGCUCUUCCCUGAGGAGGAGAAGAUCAUCGUGGAGGAGACCAAGAGCAACGGACAGACUGUCAUCGAGGAGAAGACUCUAGUAGACACGGUGUAUGGGCUGAAGGAUGAAGUGCAGGAGCUGAAACAGGACAACAAGAAGAUGAGGAGAACCCUGGAUGAAGAGCAGAAAGCCAGGAAGGAGCUGGAGAAGAUCCUAAGGAGAGUUCUGAAGAGCAUGAACGACCCCACCUGGGACGAGACCAACCUGUGAGUGCUCAGGUGACAUCGCAUCAACAUGGUUGAGUUCGGGUUCCACCGUGACUGGACCAAAAUUGUUAACCACAAAGCCAUCUGACGUAACAUUGUGGAAGACUGAUCUGUCACUGUUGUAAGAGACUGGGUGUGGUCCAAAGUCAAAACAGCCAAAUAGCGCCCCCGAAUAACUCUGGAAGACUGUUGGCUGCGACAUGGACCUCCGACCUUGAUCUGGGAUUGGAAAGAGGCUGGAACAAUCACACCAGUGGAGAUAAAUCUGACGUCACUGACUCUGUCUCCUUCCGGGCGCUUCUCAAAGGGUGAUUCCUCUCCACCUCUCCCCUUCUGCACUGAUCUGAAAGCAGGUGAAAACAACAUGGGAAUUUUCUGUCACUUGUACAGUACUUUAACAUCCGUGAUGAGGAAAGGAAGUAAGUUCAGACUAUUGAGAUCCAUCCCCUGCACGUAGAGGAAUAGUCUCAGGGAAUCAUUUCUAGAGACAGUGGCUGCAUCUCAAUAGUGGUUUGCUCUUCUCCUCUUUGCUGAUCUGCACUGGUAUGUGCAGUAGGUCCCUAGUGCCUACAAAGGGAUUUCCUUCCACCUGUCCAGUUUUAUGCAGAUGAAAGACGAGGAAAGGUAGCAACGGUAGACUAUUGAGAUGCAACCCAGACUAUAUUUUGACAUGAUGAUUUUGUCACUGCCUCCAUUACCCUGCUGCCAAGCUCCUCAACACCCCCACCCUCUUACCCCACUCUGGAGCAUCUCCCUGCCCAUUCCUCUGAGCCUUGUAGGAACCUAUGGCCAACACACAGAACAGCAUAACCUCUCGCUCAUUCUGCAUGUUUCCAUGGAAACCUUAGCAAUCCAAUACUGGAACGUUUUCAGGUGAUUUUUGUGGCUUUCUGAUGAUGAUGAUUUGAAGUAUUCUGGAUGACCUAUUUCUUGUUUGUUACUGUUAUUUUACCGGAUAAGGGACUUUCUAUUUUAAUGCUUUCCUGAAAACACUGUAUUUCUACUUUUGCUUUUCUACUUCUUUGUCACCUAUGAUUUAUACAGAAACUAACUGUAGCGUCUCAAAUUAAUAUCAUGAAAUGUGCCUUGGGGAAACUAUUCCAUGAUAUUAGCUUACAUCCCUGGCAGGCUCUUCAGUUUAAAAUAAGUCAAAUAUUCCAAUGCAAUAUUGAUUCCAAUUAUGAACACUAAUGUAAACUACUUAUCUAACUAUUUCAGAUUCUAUAUUAUGUCUGUAAUUUAUGUAUUUAAACGAAAUUGACUGAGGAAUGUAUUAUGCCCUCCUCAAGUCUAUUGUUCAGUGAAAACCUCCCUCCCAUAUCCUCUAUUUAUUACCUCUUCGUCUCUCUCACUCUUCUCAACUUGUCUCUGAAUUAAACCAGUAAACUGAAUCUUGUGUGUAUCUGAAUACUUGCGAUGACUGAAGUGUUGUUGUACCCGUCUUAGUUGAAAGCACUGGCUGGAAGUUGCCUCUGAAUAACAGCAUCUGCUUUAAUGACCUAAAUGUGAUGUAGCCUUUGACCUGCAAAGUGCUGUCACUUUUAAAUUGAAAUGUAUCAGACAGUUAUCAUUGGAUACCUGUCAGUGGUAGAUUCAGGUGGAAAUGUACUAAACGGUCCAUGAAUGGUGACAGCGACCACGUUUCCAUGCGCACAGUAGCUCAUAUCCCGCUUAAGGUCUUAUUUGGGAUGAGCUUUUUACAUGCACCUUUUUGAUAUCUCGCUCACGAGUAUCCCUGUAUCCAUGAAUAAACAGAAUAGUUCAAAUGUAAGUUAUAUGGGUAAAGUGGAAUAGUAACUGCCCUCUGACCUGUACAGUAAUACAAUAACUCUGGAAUUAUACAUUUCUUGCAGUGAAAUAUAACAGUUUUGUCUCUGGAACAGAAGUGGAAAAGUAUGAACUCUUUUGGCAUCUCUUGAGAAAAUGUGAAUGUAAGUGUAACAUGUUAUCUUUGACACUGUUAUGCCAGCAGACAGUAUUUCAACCAAGAUCAACUGAAGUCUUAUCAGAAACGUGUUUCAUUGUUUUCUCAGCUUUUCAUUUUCUUAAAACCAGUCAAUCUGAUGACAUUUGGACAUUUCGUACGGGAACAAACCUUCUGUUAUUUUGGAGUUAUUGUGCAUUUUCCUCCCGAUCCCUAAACAGAUCAGACAACUUUACCGAUGUUAACUAGAUUACUAAUGCAUUUAUUCUAAGACAGUAUUCUGGUGAGCACUACUUUAUUUCGUCUUCUGGGGCAACAAGUUAGGACAGAAGAGAAGAUGUGCCUUUUGGAAAGUAUUCAGACCCCUUUGUUACAUUAUAGCCUUAUUAAAAAAGUAUUCAAUUGUUUUUAUUCCCCUCAUCAAUCUACACACACAAUACCCCAUAAUGACAAGCCAAAAACAGUUUUUUGUUGUUAUUGUUACUAAUAUACUGAAAAUAAAAAACAAUCACAUUUAGUAUUCAGACCUUACUUAGUACUUUGUUGAAGCACCGUUGGCAGUGAUUACAGCCUCAGGUCUUGGGUAUGAUGCUACAAGCUUGGCACACCUGUAUUUGGGGAGUUUCUCCCAUUUAUUCUCUGCAGAUCCUCUCAAGCUGUGUCAGGUAGGUUGGGGAGCAAUGCUGCACAUCUAUUUUCAAGUCCGGGCUCUGGCUGGGCCACUCAAGCCAAGCCACUCCUACGUUGUCUUGGCUGUGUGCUUAGGGCUGUUGUCCUGCUGGAAGGUGAACCUUCGCCCCCGUCUGAGGUCCUGAAAGCUCUGGAGCAGGUUUUUGACAAUGAUCUCUAUGUAUUUUGCUCCGUUCUUCUUUGCCUUGAUCUUAACACUGAAAAACAUCCCCACAGCAAGAUGCUGCCAAGCUUGUAGUCAUACCCAAGAAGACUCGAGGCUGUAAUUGCUGCCAAAGGUGGUUUGACGAAGUACUGACGAGUCUGAAUACUUAAGUAAAUGUGAUAUUUAAAGUUAGUGUGUGUGUAGAUUGAAAUUUUAAAAAAUGGAAUAAAGCUGUAAUGUAAAAUGUGGAAAAAGUCAAGAGGUCUGAGUACUAUCCAAAUGCAGUGUAUAUGAAAAUAACCAUUGCCAUUAUUUGGAUCUGUGCCAUUCACUUUGAACUGGACUGUGUUUACAUCAUGAGCAGUCACCAGUAGAUGCAUUUAUUUGUUUUAGAUCAAAGCGAGAGCUGCAUGUAUCCACCUGUGCACAUCAACACAUUUUCGGUCACCUUGUCUGAAGGACAAGUGAAUAAACAAUGUCAAGCCCUG